AUGAGUGUUUCACAUUUGAAUACUGGAAAAGGCAAUUUUUUAACUAAGAACUGUUCAGAGAAAUGGGAAGCAUCACAUGAGGAAGAAAAAAAAAAACAGAAGAAAUUGGUUAAUGCUGAAAGAAUAAAAAAAGAUUAUAUGUACGAAUUUAUGAAUGAUUGCAUGAAUAUGAAUGAUCAAUUGAAUACAUGUGCACUUGACAUUGGUGGAACAUUAAUAAAAGUUGCAUACUUAAAUGACAAAUACAUUUAUGAUGGAAAAAAGGCUUUAAAUGAUAAUAUAUCUUUAAAAAUUAAAAUAAAAGACAACCAAUAUUUGCAUGUCCAUUUUUUCAAAAUAAAUGAACUUGGAGAUGCAUUAAACUACUUACUUAAAAAUUAUUUAAUAAAAAAAAAAAUCCUUUUAACAGGGGGAGGUUCCUAUAAGUUUUACUUUCACAUAAUUAAUGAAAUCAUCAAUUAUGAAUUCCAUCAACGGAUAAAUGCCUCCCUACAGAAGAAAUUCAUUUUUUUUGUAUCCAGGUUUCAUUACUACUCCAAGUUGCACACACUAACAGUUGUGUUGCAGGAGGAAGAUGAAUCCACUAAUAUCACUACUUCAAAGGACAAGGUUCCAUUCAACAAAACUUUUCUUGAUUCUUUUGCAAACCUCCAAACGGUAGAGAUCUAUUAUUACAAUGGCCGUGUAGAUAAGCAACAGGGCGAAGAUCAUUUCCACGUGCAGACAUAUAAUCAAGAGGUAUGUUGUGAGAUGACAAAUAAUACCUCAAUAGAGAACAAAAUAGAAAAUGAAGAGGAAGAAAGUGAAAAAAAGGAAACAUUUCGAGGUGUACUCAUUUUACGCUGCAUUAGAAAAGACGAGAUGCAUUGCGUAAUGAAUGGAAUUUAUAAACUUUUUAAUGUAAAAAAAACUAUAGCACGAUAUGAUUUUUUAUUAAAAACACAAGUACCUGUUUAUUUGAAACCACCACAUGAAUCCUUCAUCAUUGCCAAUAUCGGAUCAGGCAUUUCCAUUUUAUUGUCAAAUGGAAUUAACUGCUAUAGAAGAAUUGGUGGAACAGCCAUAGGAGGGGGAACCUUUUUGGGAUUGGCACAAAUGAUUUUGGGGAAAAUCUCGUUCGAAGAAUUAAUUAGAUUAGCAACUGCACCGUCUGCAACUGCAUCACGUACAUUUGCGUGCUCAUCCCCCUUUGACCUAAAAGUGAAACAUAUCAAAAAGGACGCAGCUGGCAGUAGUGCUUGCAUGAAGGGGAAUGAGGCACUGGCAACUAGCUUCGGAUUCCUCAGUAAUAUUUUGAAAAAGGAACAAUUUGAGAAAAAGGAGCAAUUUUUCCAACAUGUGGCCAAAAGCCUCAUCACGAUGAUUUCAUAUAAUAUUGGCUAUCUGGUUCAUUUGCUAGCUCGGAUUCAUGGCGUGCGCAGAAUCUUUUUCUCUGGAAAAUACAUAAGCAAUCACGAUUGCAUCAUGGAAUCGCUAACCCUAGGUGUGCAUUACUAUUACAUGCACUACAAGAAAAACCAAGGAGGAAAUUAUACCCCCUUCAAGAAUAAUCCAGCUGUGGGAGAAUCUAAAAAUGUUAUUUUGCUUGAACACUCCACAUGCAGAUGGCAAAGAAAUGUAAACAUGACUUCAAAACAGUGCCAGUUUCACAAUUCAGAGCAUACAUACAGAGAAGAAAUUCAUAAGGAUGUAUUACUUCCGGAUGUUCUAUUCCUCAAGCAUGAUGGUUUUUUAGGUGUAAUUGGAUGUUUUUUUUCCUAG